GAGAGCAACAGAGAGACACAUAAAAUUCCUCUCUCAGCUGAAGACUGCCUGAAUACACAGUUUGGUCAACGAGCACAAAAAUAGUCAUGGCUCAAGCUCUGGACAUCGAUCGCUGGAACUUGGAGUGCGAGUUCAACAACACUGACCAUCGCACCGAUCUCAAUGGCAUUGAUCGUCUCAUUGUGAGGAGAGGCCAGCCUUUCUCAAUCAGCCUGUACCUUCGCUCUGGAAGCUACCAGCCAGGAGUCAGCUCACUUGAUUGUGUUGCCGAAACAGGUCCUCAACCCUCUGAACAGUAUGGCACCAGGGCCUCUUUUGGUCUGUCUGCCAGCAUUGACACUUCCCGCUGGAGUGCUGCUGUCACCAGUCCACCCGGAGACAUGGUGACCCUGUCGAUCUGCUCUGCACCAGAUGCGCCUAUAGGCCGCUACACCCUGACCCUGGGGCACUCUGCGAGGAUCGAGUUCAUCCUGCUCUUCAAUCCCUGGUGUCCAGGUGAUGCAGUAUACAUGGACAACGAGGAGAAUUUGGCAGAGUAUGUCUUAGCUCAGGAUGGGAUCAUCUUUCGAGGAGCCUACAAACAUCCCAUACCUACUCCCUGGAAUUAUGGACAGUUUGAAAGUGGAAUCCUGGAUGUCUGCUUGAGGAUUCUCGAUAUGAAUCCUAAAUAUCUGAAAAAUCCUGGCAAGGACUGCUCAGGGAGAAGAAAUCCCAUUUACGUGUCCAGAGUGCUAAGUGCUAUGGUGAAUUGUAAUGAUGACAAAGGGGUGUUGCUGGGAAAAUGGUCAGGCGGCUACGAAGGAGGCGUCAGCCCCAUGUUAUGGAGGGGAAGUGUGGAAAUCCUGCGCAACUGGGACACACAAGCCUGUCAGCCUGUUCGCUAUGGACAGUGCUGGGUGUUUGCUGCAGUGGCCUGCUCAGUUUCCAGAGCCCUGGGCAUCCCCUGCCGAGUUGUGACCAACUAUCUGUCUGCACAUGACACCAACAGCAACCUGGUGAUUGAACGCUAUGUCAAUGAAAAUGGAGAACUCAUUCAAUCCAAAGAAAUGAUCUGGAACUAUCACUGCUGGGUAGAGAACUGGAUGACUAGACCCGACCUUAAACCUGACUUUAAUGGUUGGCAGGCCUAUGACCCCACGCCUCAGGAGAAGAGUGAAGGAGUGUUCUGCUGUGGCCCCAUCCCUGUCAGAGCCAUUAAGGAAGGUGAGCUCACAUUCAAGUACGAUGCACCCUUUGUCUUUGCUGAGGUCAAUGCUGAUGUGAUCACAUUCAUGAAGAAGAAGGAUGGCAGCACAUCGAAAGUUUCUUCCAACGCACUAGUUGGCCAGAAGAUCAGCACCAAGAGUGUGGGCAGUGAUGCCAGAGAGGACAUCACUCAUCUCUACAAAUACCCUGAAGGAUCUGCUGAAGAGCGGGAGGCUUUUAAGAAAGCUGACCACCAAAACAAGCUGCUCCAGCAGCAGCAGAAUCAAGGCCUGCACCUCAAUAUCAAGGUGACAUCAGAUAUGAGGAAGGGCUGUGACUUUGAUGUGUUUGCCGUGGUUACUAACAACACACAAAGUGAGAAGAAGUGCCGCCUGUUGUUUGGAUCUUGCGCGCUGUCCUAUAAUGGGUUUAUGGGAGGGAACUGCGGCUUCAAAGAUCUACUCAAUGUUGAGCUUUCCCCUGGAGGAGAGAGGAAAGUUCCACUAAGGCUGAACUACUCCAAAUACGGUGGUCAGAUCACUGAGGACAACUUAAUCCGUCUGGCAGCUCUGCUGCUGGACUAUACCACUGGAGAUACAACACUGGCAGUGAGAAAUGUUGUACUGGACAACCCUGAAAUCAAAGUCAGGAUCCUGGGAGAACCAAAGGAGAAUCGGAAGCUGGCUGCAGAGAUCACCCUUCAAAACCCUCUGCCAGAGAGACUGGAGAACUGCUGCUUCAGCAUCGAAGGGGCCAACCUGACAGGGGGAGGCAUCAUUACUGAGAGGCUGGGAUCCCCAGUGGGACCUGGGGAAGAUGCCAAGGUGAAAAUCUACUUCACACCCACCCAUUCUGGACUGAGAAAGCUGGUGGUUGACUUUGACAGUAACAAGCUGUGUCAUGUCAAGGGCUACAGAAACGUGAUUAUUGGAAAAUAAAGCCUUUCGAUGUCCGUAAUCCAUUAAAUGGAAUUAUUCUUACUCUUUUUUUCAGACGAGGCAUUUAAAGAUUAGACAAUGAAUCGAGUUUAGUGCCUUUCUGCUCCAGUGCUUUCUUACUGUCUCCUCUCUUGUUUAUUAGGGAUUACUAUGUGGAUGUAUACUUUAGUCUGAGCCCCAAUUUUUUUUUACUGUGAUUUAUGAAUGCUUUGUACUCACUGA